AAUUAGGACAUUGUACCAUUUACCAAGAGAAACGAUUCAUUCAUUUUCUUCAAAUUAACUUUACUCUUAAGUAUAAUGUAUCAAACGGUAGGAUAUAAUCCAGGUCCAAUGAAACAACCUUAUGUUCCUCCUCACUAUGUAUCUGCCCCCGGCACCACCACGGCGCGGUGGUCGACUGGUCUUUGUCAUUGUUUUGAUGACCCUGCUAACUGUUUAGUUACUAGUGUUUGCCCUUGUAUCACCUUUGGACAGAUUUCUGAAAUACUAAACAAAGGAACAACUUCAUGUGGGAGUAGAGGUGCAUUAUAUUGUUUGCUGGGAUUGACAGGAUUGCCUAGCCUAUAUUCCUGCUUCUACAGGUCUAAAAUGAGGGGGCAAUAUGAUCUGGAAGAGGCACCUUGUGUUGAUUGUCUUGUACAUGUAUUCUGUGAACCUUGUGCUCUUUGCCAAGAAUACAGAGAGCUUAAGAACCGUGGCUUUGAUAUGGGAAUAGGGUGGCAAGCUAAUAUGGAUAGACAAAGCCGAGGAGUUACCAUGCCCCCUUAUCAUGCAGGCAUGACCAGCUUUGGCAACUCUUCCAGAUGUUCAUCUUCUGCAUUCACGAAUAUACAGACUACAGGGGGGGGUGUUUAUAUUCUUCACCAAAUAUCUCAAAUUGAUGAAAGAUUUCAGCCAUCAUGGUAUCCAAGAAAACUUAGGAUCGGACAAGACCUUUAUGACAAUUUCUCUUCGAUUGACAUUAGGUUUUUGCAAUCACAGCAAACCUCAAGUAAGUACUUGCAUGUCAGGAUACUCCGGAGCAAUUAAUGGUUUUCUUUCAUGUUUAAGACUUAAAAGUCUCACUAGCUGCUCUUGUUCACCUUUGGUUCUUGUUGUUCAUCAUUAUUACUUCUCUGCCUAAUUAGCAUAUGCUAAAUCCUUACAAUUCCUCAUGUCCUAUGAACCCGUUUGUAUUACAAGCGUUUUUCCUAUCUACUAUUAUCUAAAAAUAAUCAAGUUAUUAAUGACUGGACGAAACCAAGAAAUAACCCCUCCGGUACGAAAUUAUAAAAUACACACAUCAAGUAAUCCUGGAACAUGGUGGUUUGCAGUCUUUUGAUGUAAACGGGUUUGGUGGAUGGCAAAGAAUCAUGCUCACAUUACAGUGAACUAAGUUGCUCGGACUCUUCACUGUAUGUGCCGCACUGAUGCGACACGACGUGGUGUGGGAUCCAUACGGGUUCUAGUCAAUCAAUUCUUGGUACUUUGAGCAAAAAUAGAUAGAGAAGUUUGAGACAACUACAAUGAUUUCUGAAAUCAAAACAAAAGCUAAGGUAAAAUUAUAAAUUAGGCGUAUGUUUUUUUAUUGCUAAAAGAUAUUUGUAUACAAAAGUCAGCAACCAGUAGAUGCCUUUUACAGAUCAACAUCACGGUUGACUCUAUGUUUGGAUCAUUGUAUUGUAUUGUAUUGUAUUGUUACUAUACCUACAAUGUUUGUUUUGAUUGUUACUUAACAUGUAUUAUAUUGUAUUGUUAAAUUUCGUUGUUACGUAACAAUGGAAACUCCUAUUUUAUGAAACAACCAAUUUGGUGUGUUCCCAUUGUUACUUAAUUU